GAACCAAACAAUCGCUCCAUUCUGUGAUAAUUCUAAAAUAACAUGCAUGGGUCCAUACGCUUAUGGGGUCUGCCUGAUUUAUAUAUACGAUCAGCCUCUUCCAGAAGAGGAUCGCUUCUUUGCAACCGAUCCAUACGGUGCUGGUCGAGAAGGUAAAUAUUUUGGAGGUGAAGAUCCGUUCCAAGACUACUGUCCAACACAAGUA